GCCGCACGAUACCGCGUCCCCGGUCCCAUCCUCCCCCGGUGCCCAGCCGGGAGGGACGGCCCCGGACGUACCGGGGGAGGGUGGGACCGGGGCCCGCCAUGGCGGUUCACUACUGCGAUCUCUGCCGCCGCACCUCCUUCUCGGGCCGCCGGCACCUCUACAGCGCUGGGCACCGGCGGCGGCUGAGGGAGGCGCUGGCCGAGCUGCAGGAGGCGGUGGCGGCGGCACGGGCGGCGGCGGCGGCGGGGGAAGAAGCGGCGGCCCUGCGGCCCUACGACCCGGCGGAGCACGGGCGGCGCGUCUGGUGCCUGGUCUGCGGCCGCGGCGUGCAGCGGGACGGGCGGAGCGGCGGCAUGGCCCUGCUGCAGGCCGGCCUCCUCCGCCACCUGGCCGGGCCCGAGCACCGCCGGGAGACGGCGCGGUUCUGGCGGGAGCAGCGGGCAGAGGCGGCGCUGCGGCAGCAGGUGCUGGUACCGGCCGAGGAGUACGAGCUGUUCGCCCGGGGCCUGGAGCGGGCGCUGGAGGAGCACCGGCGGCAGGAGGAGGAGCGCAUCCAGCAGAUGGCCGCCGGCAUCCGGGAGGCCGAGCGCAGGCAGCGGGAGACGGUGCGGGAUGCACUGCAGCAUCAAACGGAGCCGGAGCACAGCAUGGGAUCCCCCCUCGGGAGCCCCCCCGCAGCACCGGGAAGGGAUGCCUCCCAGGAUGCAGAGCAGUCCAACCCCAGUGGGACACAGACGGGACCUGACAUAAACUGGAUGGAAUCGGGCCAGGCUUUGACCUUCAUUGGCCACCAGGAGAUGGAAGGGAAAGGGAACGUGCACACAGGAGCAAAACCUCCGUGGCUAACGGAGGAAGAGGAGGAGGGGAAUACACGAGAAAUCGGACCUUCGUAUGAGGAAUUUCUCAAACAAAAGGAGAAGCAGAAGCUGAAGAAGCUGCCAGCCGAGCGGGUGGGAGCCAACUUUGACCAUACCUGUCAGACGGGCGAGAGCUGGCUGCCCUCCUUCGGGCGGGUCUGGAACCACGGCAGGCGCUGGCAGUCCCGGCAUCAGUUUAGAACGGAGUCAGGGGAAAAGAAGAAGAACAGGUGAUGGGGAGAGGAGGACCGAGGAAACCGAGCUGCGGCUGCUGCGGAAGGGAGGUUGUAGAGCAGCAGCUUUGUCAGUGCCACCACCGCCAUGUUUUGUGCUGUUAUUUAAUACACCCAUCCUGAUGUGCUGGUCUGCUGGAAGGCAGGGACCACAGCACUGUCAGGGGAAAGCCAUGUUGGGGGUGUCGCAGCAGAUCCCCCCGUACCCAACACUUGGGGCACCGAUUUCUGAACUCUUAAGCUACACGAAGGCAGAGCCCACAGCGAGAAGCACGUGCUGAUGUGUUCUGUGCUGACAUGUAGCAUGGCAUCCAGUAAAGAAAUAAGUUUUUGAGAAAUAAACCUUUUAUUACCUUAGUAGACCAGCUCCUUUCAGACACAGGGCCUGCUACUGAUGACAAGGCUUGAUGUUUUCAUUCUAAUUUAUGUGACUUUUGCUUGUUCUGCCUCACCUCAAGGGUGACUCAUGAGUCCUCAGUAGAAGAAAGGCCUAAAGACCUUUGCUGUGGGCAGCUGUUACCUUUAAUUUCAAUAAAAUACUUGGAGCCUUA